GGCAGCCGGGGAGGGAGCCGGGCGCCCCGCAGCCCCAUUCGCGAGCGGCGGCGGCGGCGGCAGCGGCAGGGAUCGCUCGGGAGGGCCGGCCAGACCCCUCCCCGGCCAUGAAGGCGAGCCCCGCGGCAGCCGCCGCCGCGGCGGGACCGCCCGAUGCGCGCUGGAGGGAGAAGGGCGAAGCGGAGGCGGAGCGGCAGCGCACCCGGGAGCGGCUGGAAGCCACGCUAGCCGGGCUGGGCGAGCUGGAAUACCUAAGGCAGCGGCAGGAGCUGCUGGUGAAGAGCCUCCUGCUGCGGCAGCCGGUGGGAGCGGUGCCCGGGGCGCAGGGAGGGCGCGGGGAAGCGCCGGGAGAAGGACCGCCGCCGCGCAGCCUGGAGGAGAAGUUCCUGGAGGAGAACAUCCUACUCCUGCGGAGGCAGCUGAACUGCUUGAGGAGGAGGGAUGCCGGCCUACUAAAUCAGUUACAAGAGCUAGAUAAGCAAAUAAGCGAUCUCCGCCUGGACGUGGAAAAAACGACAGAUGAACACCUUGAGACAGACAGUCGUCCAAGUUCAGGGUUUUAUGAGCUGAGUGAUGGAGCUUCUGGAUCUCUCUCCAAUUCGUCUAACUCUGUCUUCAGUGAGUGUUUAUCCAGUUGCCAUUCUAGCACUUGCUUUUGCAGCCCUUUGGAGGCAACACUGAAUAUCUCAGAUGGACGCCCUAAAUCUGCAGAUCUCAUAGGCUGGAUGGACUAUAAUAAGGAAGGCCAGCAUGAGGACCAGACCACAGGCUCUGUCUGUCGCUCUUUGUCCACACCGCACUCAAAUUCCCUCGAUGUCGUUGCAGAUGUACAUCCAAAGUACCAGUGCGAUCUGGUGUCUAAAAAUGGGAAUGACGUCUAUCGGUACCCCAGCCCACUCCAUGCGGUAGCUGUGCAGAGUCCCAUGUUUCUUCUCCCCGUGACUGAAAGCCCCCAACGAGAAGAGGAGAGACUUGGUUGUGAUAUUAGCGACGUUUGUGCUGGAUCUGAAACGGACUCGGGAAAAUCCACCAACGCCUUUCUCCCGCAAAGCUCCUGGCCGGCACCGUGCCCUUCCACCAGCAAGAGGAUAGAUGGUUACAUCUUAAGCCUGGUUCAGAAAAAGACUCAUGCGGUAAGGACUAACAAACCCAGGACAAGUCUCAAUGCUGAUCCCACCAAAGGGAUCUUGAGGCAUGGAAGCAUGUGCGUCAGGCAGCCUGUAGGGGUGGUGUCUCACAGUAAUGUUGUGAACCUGAAGAACACCAAGCAAGCAUCCUUGCCUUCUGGUGGGACCACUGCUCUGGACCACAUGGCACCUUCCCCAUUAAAGCAGAGGCCGAGGGAGCCAGCUGCCGAGCAGCUGGAGAGUAGGAAGGCACCUUUGCCAGCAGCUUUUCCACCUGGCACAGCAAGCGAACUUCAGAGCAAGCACCUGCCACGGAGCAUCAAACCAGCACCUACAGAGCUCAACCACAAUGCAGUGGCCGUGACGGGGGACAUCCCCAAGGAGAAUGGCCAGGUCUUUGCUGCGUCUCCCAAAGAGAGCCCAGGGAAGCGCGUGGUGCUGCAGCCAGAGAGCAGGGUCAGCCAGCCUCCAAAAAAAGUACUGUUGAAGAGCAACUUGCAGGCUGCUCCUUCCUCAUCACCUGCUGUCGAGGAGAGACCCGCUCUGGAUUUCAAAAGCGAGGGCUCUUCCUCCCAGAGCCUGGACGAUGGGUUGAUGGUGAAUGCCCAGUACAUACCUGCCCAGCAGCAAAGUGUGAAGCUUCACAAAGGCACCCGAAAUGUCAAGAUUUUGAAAAGCUCUGCACUGAAACACAGAUCCCACCUUGCCAGCGGGCUGGAAAAUGGUUCGCAGGCUUUGCGGGAGAAAGCCAAGCCAGUCGGCAAGAAGUGCCGUUUUCCUGAUGAGCUGGAUACAAAUAAGAAACUGAAAAAGCCCUCCUCGCGGGGGAAGAGAGGCAGUGGCUUGCAGCCAGAGUCGGGGCUCCAGAGUCGGCAGGCUGGCUUGCACAAAUCCACCAUCCGAUCCCACGGGCAUGGCCGAGAGGUUGUGGUGGCCAAGCCUAAACACAAGCGGGCUGACUACCGCCGGUGGAAGUCGUCGGCAGAGAUUUCCUAUGAGGAAGCUCUACGGAGGGCAAGGAGGAACCGUCGGGAAGGUGUAGGGGUCUACUCACAAGUUCCCCUGCCCUACGUCAGCCCGUAUGCCUACGUGGCCAGCGACUCGGAGUACUCGGCAGAGUGCGAGUCCUUGUUCCAUUCCACUGUGGUGGACACGAGCGAGGAUGAGCAGAGCAACUACACGACGAACUGCUUUGGAGAUAGCGAGUCGAGCCUGAGCGAGGUGGAGUUCGUAGGGGAGAGCACGACCACCAGUGACUCUGAUGAAAGUGGGGGCCUUAUUUGGUCUCAGUUUGUCCAGACACUCCCCAUCCAAACGGUCACGGCGCCGGAGCUGCAUGAAAAUGCAGCGAAGGCCUUUGUCAAAAUCAAAGCUUCCCAUAACCUCAAGAAGAAAAUCCUCCGCUUUCGGUCAGGCUCCCUGAAGCUCAUGACAACUGUCUAGUGAGGUGACUUGGUGGAAUGUAUCUGCUUCUGCUUUCGGAAGCAAGGUGCUUUUGUGUACAUAUUUCCACAGAUUCUUUUUUUUUUUUUUUAUAUAUAUAUAUACAAAUAUUUAAAACUUAAGGUAAAUUAUGUCACUUGUCUUCAGAACUUGGGUGGAUACUAGUGCCUUUUCCGUGGAAAUAAAAGACCAUUACAUUCGUUUUUUAAAAAAAACAGCACUGCCAUUCCAGUGGUGAACAACCCUCCCGUGCAUGUUGUCAGAAGGCUUUGAAAGAAGGCUGAUAUUUCUGGAAAUAGAUCUGCCUUGCCUAGGUUUUCCAGUUCUGGGUCUUAUAGAGGAUAUUGACAGCUUAAGAUCAUGAAGGUUUAAGGCAUAAGGGGGAGGGGGUGUGGUUGGUCUUCAUGAUUUUGCUUGUUCCUUUCUGCUGCUCCUGUUGCUACAUCUUGAACCUCUUCUCAGCAGUCUGGCCUGUUUUCUUUUUUCUUUUCUUAUUGAUUCUUUUCUUGAAAUUCACUCCUGUCCUCCCCCAGCCUUCCCCCGUGAGGAAAGGGCUCCUGUUCAAUCUGUCUCUGAGGUUAAGUCGCCUUCUCUGGAGUGCCCUCUGCUCUGAUCUCCUGGGAAUCCUGCUGCAGGUGACAGUGGUGUUCAGAGUAAACUGUUGGAGCAGCUGACCCAGGCUUAAUAACUUCAGUAUAUUGUGUAAAACUGCUUUUGAAAAAGAAAAAAAAAAAAAACAUAUGCAUGUCACGUGCAUGAGUAUGAGUAGUUUUAAUAUUUCUGUUGAUGUCCAAUUUAAUGUACAUCAUCAAUGGCUGUUUUUAUAUAUAUAUAUCAUUGUGUAAAUUAAUAUAACACAUCAUAUGCUGUAAUAAACAGUCUGUUUUAAUACUUUUUUAAAGUUUGUUACAUUGGUGCAGGUCCAGCGAAUGGUUUUAUAUUGGCACUGCCACCACUUAGAUGUCUCUUUGAAGUGACCUGGCAAUGUUCCCUCCGUUUAGUUGCGCAGGAAAUGGAGCAAGUAUAAAACGUUGCUCUGGAUGUGACUUUGUGCUUUGAAAGAACUAGACUGUCAUGGCUCCUCUUGUUCUUUCCAUAACUUGCAUUUUUUUUUAAGGGUAAGGUGGGAUUUAGGAGCUCAGAGGCAUCUUCUGGUUGUUGCUUAUGGGCAGCUCGUGUUGCGGAGCAGAUGGAAGUGUAACACUAAGCCUCCUCGCUGUCGAGGCGCUUGCAAACUUUGGUUGGUGCAACACAGGGGCAGAUGGUGGGUGUCUGUAGCCAAAUAGAUCUGCGUAACACAACAGGUGUCCCUCUGAAAUGUCCAGUAACCACCCUUCAUAAGCUCUGUGCUCUGGGAGCUGGGCUGGGUGGUGGAGAGCAUAGACUUGCUGUCCCUGGUGCCUUCUUUAGGUGCAGUAUCUGGCUGUAUCACAGCCCUGAUGAAGUCAUGGAAAGAAGUGACAGUUGUGUCACCCACUGGCCUCUAUUUCAGUCUCUUUCUUCUCAUAGGUCUGGAGGUGAGUCUCUGCCGGCAAAGAGGAAGGGAGCUACGCACAGGCAGCACCACUUCCCUUUGCAGCAACAGCUUGGAAGCUGCCUGGUGGGAAGGCUGGAGGUUUAUGGUGCAUGUGUGCCUGGUGGAGCAGGCCCAGAGGAUGAGUUGAUUUCUGCAGGUCCAUCUUCUGCUCUGACAUCUGUGAAGUGGUGGACAUACACCUGGUGUGGAUGCUGUGAAUGGUAUGAAUUUCAGGGAUAUGUGCGCAGCCUCUCCAUUCCAUAGCAAGACCUUCUGAGCGGACACCUUCCUUUGUGCUUCCUCGGUGUCCUUCCUUCUGUCACCCAUCUGAAAGGCAGAGCAGUUUUCUUCUCAGGUUUCCUUGCACUGCAAAUUAGAAAGGAAAGAGUCACCCAGAAUUAAAUGUCUCUGGGAGAAGCUUCCAAGACAGCAGUAACACUUUUAGGUGGCAGAUUUUAUUUUUUAAUCUGCAGUGCGGUAAAUCCCUACCUUUAAAUGUGCCUCAUAUUAUUUUUUUUUCCUUUUUUGAAUAGAGGACCAUCAUUUUCUGUAAGAGGUCUUGCGCUAUGGCCAUGAGGUUCUGGAUUCAGUGACCCAGAAAGUCCUUGCACUUCCAUCUCCCAUGAUACAGGAAAAGCUGUAACUCCCCUGAUCUGGUCAUAACUCCCCAAUCGCUUUACACAUGGAAGGGAAGCUUAUAUAGAUAUGUGUGUGUAUGUGUGUCUAAAAUAAUACAUAUGUGCGUAUGUGUGUGUAAAAAAAUUAUAUAUCAAUAUAGAACAAUUCACCCAGAAAUUACUGGACAAUGGCUGCCACUGCAGAGAGGGGAGAAAAGCAAUGUUUGUUGUUAAAUAUGGCUUUACUAAGGCUAAGCAGCAGCUUAAUACAUUCCCAUUAAUAAUUGAUGGGUGUUAUAUCAAACAAAGAGAAUGUCAAGCUUCUCAAAGGGAGUAGUUUCUUUCCUAGAAUAGCUCUUAAUCGUGCUACAUAAUCUCUCUUUGAGUGAGAAAAACACAUGCAAAUCCCUGUAAAUCUUCUCAAACGUGUAGAAAAGUAGCAGAGAGGAUCUUCAGAUGUGCACUCUUUCUCCGGCUUUAAAGGAGCUGCUGGUGGGAAGACAAACCCACCAGCAGCUUUGGGAUGAUGAGCUUCUAAUUGCAGUGCUAUAGCAGGUUUUCAUGUAUCAGGUGAGGGAAGCUGGUUUUCCGAAAUGAGCUGCUGAAUAAGUUUUUUUUAGAUAAUUCAAUGGUAAAAAAGCGAAAAUAACCACCUAAAUAUCACUAAGACUGUAUCAGCGGCAAAUACUGUAUUCUGCAGUACUCUUGCUGAAUAGCUUAAUGCCAGACAGGGAAAUGGGCUGAUGCUAUCUCCACCUUAAUUGCAUCCGAGCCUUUUCAGUGUGAGGAAGGAAUUUUCCUUUUCUACAUGAUUUAGGUAAGCAUCCAGAAUCCUUUAAAUAGGCCUAGUUUUUCCUUUCUACGCUUACCCCCAUCUUCAUUAUUUUUUUUUUCCUAAUAAAAGAUUUUACAGCGCUGGAAAAAUACUUGAUAUGGUCUCAAUACACAACACAUGUUCUCUUCUCUGAUUCUGAGUUGGGAAACACAUCCAGGUAAGUUUUUGCAACAUUAGGUUGAAAAACAUGUGCUAAAUCUUGGAGACCAGUUACAUAUCUGGUAAUUCUCUAAGCUACCUGGCUUCCCAGCUCCACAGCCUUGAGUCCUUGCCAGGGUAUUUUUCCCAGUGCUCACUUUUUAAUUAUCCUCAGUGUUUAUGGUAGAUUUUGGAAGUCGGAUGCGGGAACAUUUCAUUGCUCUGUAGCCUGUUUCAAGGUGGGGGCAGCUUGUGGCGGAAGGUUUGGGGUUAGUUGUCCCUCUGCUCCAUAUAUAACUGAGUGGAGGAAGGUAUAGACACAGAUGCUUAACGUGAAGAACAAAAGCAAACCCCUUUAGCUGCAUUCCUUGUGAUUCUGGUUAAACAGUGUCGCUGCACAUCACUCCCAGUCUCCCCCAGCGUAGGAAUCAGCGUUGUGCACACUGUGAGGUGCUGUCAGUUGAAAGGGAAUGAGAGUGUCACUGGGCUGUCUGCCUCCCAGCAGGCUUUUUGGGUCUGUCUGCUGCUCCCUAACCCCAGCCGCCAGCUGUGGGUCAGUGGACGACAAAGCAAGUUGUGUCUGGUGUGCGCAGGGUUAGAGAGAGGCCCUGGCGUUGUGCCUAGAGGUCCUGACUGCGUGGGGCCCCCCUUGUGGAUAUCACGCUUUAUUGUGAGAAAUUCUGUGUGGUGCAAGGAGCUGGACAGCUGGAUCUGGAGGAAGGUGGCAAUGGAGACCCCAUAGAUGGAGCGGUUGAUCCUGAUUGAUCUGUAUUUCUGGGAAAGGCUGAAAGGGAAGCUGUUCUGAUGCCUAACUUGGGAAGAUGGACUGGGCUAGAGAGAGUUGUCUGAGGGACUCUACCUUAUUUCUUCCAGUACGCUUUAAAUUAUCAAGGUCACUAUCAGUGCUGGCAAUUGCUGAGGUGCUUUAACUAUCUGGCCUUACAGUUCCUGUUCCCCAAGUCUGUUUUUGGCCUUCCAUAGCACAAUUCUUUCUUUCAGAGAGCCUGUCGGGCCCAGCUCUUUGUAGCUUUCUUUGUCCUGGAGCUUCAGAAGAUCCACCUAUUACAAAGGUUCUAGUUUUACCUUGGUUUGAGGUUCCUUCUGGAUGAGGACUGACAACAGAUUGCCCAAGACAGAAUCCUGUGCUUUCACUAAUCUGAAUUCUAUCUGUUUGUUGGCUCUGCAAAAGCUCUGAUGCUCCUCAGCUGGCAGCCAGCAAAGCCAUCCCUGAGGAACCUGCAUCUCCUUCUGGCACAAAGGGCAGCAAAGUCUUUCAUUAGUUAGGAUGCCCACUUGGCAGAUGACUCGUCGCACUGGGCACGGCUCUCCUCAGCAUGUGAUUUUUCUCACAGGGAUAAACAAGUACAUGAACAUUUUGAGGAAGCUGAAAUAGCUAGAGACAUUUUUAAUAGCUAACUUCAGCAUCUAGUGUGUGCUUUUGGAGUAGCCAACAAUAAUACAUACAACUGAGCUGUUAGUACAGAAAACGGAACAAUUCUCAACUCUUUACAAUGUCGUAGAAUCAUAGAAUGGUUCCAACCUGUCUGCCAUGGGCGGAGAUGCCUCCCACUGGAUGAGGUUGCUCAAAGCCCCAUCCAACCUGGCCUUGAACACCUCCAGGGAUGGGACAGCCAUGACUUCUCUGGGCAACCUGGGCCAGGACCUCACCAUCCUCACAGGAAAAUAUUUCUUCCUAAAAUGUCAUCUCAAUCUCCCCUCUUUCCGCUUCAAACUAUUCCUCCUUGUCCUAUCCCUGCACUCCCUGAUAAACAGCCCCUCCCCAGCUUUCCUCUAGGUCCCCUUUAAGUACUGGAAUAAGUGCUGUGCUGUGCACAGUUCAGAGAGGAUACACAGGCUGCAAACCAGUGGACACCAUUCAUAAACUCCUGGUCUGUCUUUCAAACUUGCUUUUCUUCUGAGUUUCUCUGAACCUCCACGGAAUUGUGUUGAGGCUCCUUGCAUGGCAUGAUGUUUCUUUCUUUAAUGAAACAUUAUAGGUGGAGCACUGUGGUGAGAAACAAUUGCUCUGGGGUUUAAGAAGUACCGUAAUGCUGGAAUGAAGGGAGGCAUAUGGAAAUUAGGCGGAGAUCCAUUUAAAAGGAAUAAGAGAAGUGCUUUUUUACGCAGCAGAGAGUUUGCUGCUACAGAAAAUAGGGAGGCAGAUAUAAUAUCAGCAAGUUCAAAGGGGUUAGAGAAGGUAGGGAAGGAUAUGUGCUCUAGUAUUUCCAGUCAAUGACUGUGGUGCUAGGGCGAUUGUGAAUGGACUGCAAGUAGUGGCCAGGUUUUUUGUUCCCCAUAAAGAUUGUCUUUUCCUGCAACUGCUAAAGCACCAGUACCUGGAGGAGAUGUACCAUCACGCUGACCCAGCAGACCAUUUACUCUAUUCUUAUGAUCAGGUGUAGCUGAUGGAAGUUGUCUAUGCAAUGGUAUUUCCUCGCUCUUUACUAGUCUUCUAUCCUCCCAACUGCUGCUGAAGACAAGUUUGGCACUGCUUUGCAGAGAAUUUCACUUUGCACGCUUGGCUGCAUUUAUUCGAACUAUGGACAUGUGUUUCUGAUCAAUCUUGUCCUGUGGCAGAAUAAUUUCGUCCACCCUUUUACACAUGGGCAGUCUGUGCCAAAGUCUUCUGUUUUGGUGACCAUCAUCCCCCUGUAACGCAAACACUGCUAUGGACAUAGGCCAUGUAUCGGUCUACCAUGGGAGCCACUCUUGGGCAGCAUCGUUAUGUACUACGGUUGCUUCUGAACUGUAGGAAAAGUUGGUCUCCAAACCAAACGAACCAUCCCAGUGACAGAGUGCAUCUGCUGCAUUCUGCCUUGGUACUUCGUUGCCCUUGGAGAGUUUUCUUUUCUCUCUCUGACUGUACCUAUAUUUGUUCUUUCAUUUGGAGCAACGGAGCAGUCUGGAAGUGAAUCUCGUGGCAGUCUCCACUUACAGGGUGUUGGUCCGGACAGCAGAGCAGUUUCAGUGCACCCUAGCUAGAUGCCUUUGGAAUGCUAACCCAGACAGACCACUCCUGUGUUCUUCUGCCUGGAGCGGGGCACGGGGGCUGAGCAAGUGACGGCUCCCUGGAAUAGCUUCUUAUCAAAAUAAGCGGAAAAGUUUGGUCCAAAUGACAUCAGGGACAAGACUAAAUCUAGGCUGAACUAAACAUUUGAACUGCGUAUAUUGUACUUGUGGGGACCUCAGUUUGGAUCUGCUCCUUUUGCGCUGAAUGACUUGUUAAUGUAAACAGAGCCUCUCUCUCAAUGACUGGCCUUUGUUUCCAUGC